CAAAAACAACCCUCAGAAAUAUCCUACCAAAGCCCGUUUGUAGGUAUAACAUAACCUGUGGCUGACAGGCCACUCGACAGACGACGACAAAGUUAGUAAAAAGACAAAAGCAACGCAACAAGCAAUUGCAAAGCCCUAAAAACAGGUAGCCCAAACCUGUAUAAGGAUAUCUAAUUCUCAUCCCCAAACUAACCCCAACCGCCUCCCUCAGCACUGUACUACUACCUCCUUUUCUUCUACUCAAAAUUUGCCAAAAACCCUACCUCGUUCCCUCUAAAAUCUCUAUCUUUUUAUUAAUUUUAUGUUUUCUUAUCCUCUAUCUAUUCACUUGCCCGUUUCAUUUUGCAAACUCAAAUCAGGACUAGACCCAGAGAGGAAUGAAAACCAGUUUUUGCUGGUCUGGCUCUGGUCCAAAGUGCAAGAUCCACCAGAGGAGGAGUUCUCUUCUGCUGAUUUGACUUGGAAAAAGUUUGGCACAGCUGAGCACCAUGAUGAUGUAGCACUCAUUCCUUAUGCUCGAGUAGAUGAAUUUAUAAUUGGAGAAUGCUCCAAUGUGGAAUGCCCAACACGAUUUCAUAUUGAGAGGGGACGGAAACGAUCAAAGGGCAGUUUAAAGGAGUAUAAAAGUGAUGAAUAUUUGGAAUAUAGACUAUAUUGGUGUUCCUUUGGUCCGGAAAAUUAUGGGGAAGGUGGAGGUGUAUUACCUAGUCGAAAAUAUCGUCUAAACACCCGAAAUCGGGCUGCUAGACCUCAAUCCAUGCGAGGAUGCACGUGCCAUUUUGUUGUCAAACGUCUUUAUGCUCGUCCAUCACUUGCUCUUAUUAUAUACAACGAGAGACGCCACAUAAACAAGUCUGGUUUUGUUUGCCAUGGGCCCCUUGACAAAGAUGCCAUUGGCCCUGGUGCCAAGAAAAUUCCAUAUAUUUCCAAUGAGAUUCAACAACAAACAAUGUCUAUGAUCUAUCUGGGCAUUCCUGAAGAAAACGUGCUAGAGAAACACAUUGAGUACAUUCAACGAUACUGUGGUUCAGAUGCAACAGUUAGUACACUUGCUUCCCAAUAUGUCCGCAAACUUGGGAUGAUCAUUAAAAGAUCUACCCACGAGUUAGAUCUAGAUGAUCAAGCUAGCAUCCGUAUGUGGGUUGAACGCAAUAAGAAAUCAAUAUUUUUCUAUCAGGACACUUCUGAGACAGAUCCUUUCAUUCUUGGGAUUCAAACAGAAUGGCAGUUGCAACAGAUGGUUCGUUUUGGCCAUCGUAGUCUUCUUGCAGCUGAUUCAACAUUUGGUAUUAAAAGACUCAAGUACCCUUUGUGCACCCUUCUUGUCUUUGAUUCGAGACACCAUGCAUUACCUGUUGCAUGGAUUAUUACCCGCAGCAUUGCAAAGGCAGAUGUGGCUAAAUGGACGAAAGCUUUGGUCGAUCGAACUCGGAGCAUAGAGCCUGGAUGGAAGACCAAUGGUUUUGUUAUUGAUGAUGCAGCCAUGGAGAUUGAUCCCAUAAGGGAUACUUUUUGUUGUCCUAUCCUAUUUGCCCUUUGGCGUGUUCGUAGAUCUUGGUUGAGGAAUUUGGUUAAGAAAUGUUCCAACAUUGAAGUUCAGCGAGAAAUUUUUAAGCGCCUAGGCGAAGUAGCUUAUGGCAUUUGGGGUGGUGUAAAUAUUUCAGUUGCCUUGGAAGAACUAAUUCAGGAUUUUGUUGAUCAGACUGCCUUCAUGGAUUAUUUCAAAUCCUCUUGGGUGCCAAAGAUUGAAAUGUGGCUUUCAACAAUGAGAACUCUUCCACUUGCAAGCCAGGAGGCAUCUGGUGCCAUAGAAGCCUACCAUGUGAAGCUGAAAACAAAAUUGUUUGAUGAUUCACAUCUUGGUGCACUUCAGAGAGUUGACUGGUUAGUGCACAAGCUGACAACUGAGUUGCAUUCAGCGUAUUGGCUUGAUCGGUAUGCAGAUGAAAGUGAUUCUUUUCAAAAUGUCAAGGAGGAAUACAUUGCAUCUACAUCUUGGCACCGAGCACUGCAAAUUCCUGAUUCUGCUGUUACCUUAGAUGAUAAGGGCCACCUAUUUGCAAAGGUAGCAAGUUUGAAAGACAGCAGCAUUACACAUUUAGUUUGGAAUCCUGGAUCAGACUUUGCUUUCUGUGAUUGUGCAUGGUCAAUGCAAGGAAAUAUUUGCAAGCAUGUCAUCAAGGUCAACAUGAUCUGUGAAACUGAUGAAGGCUAUAAACCCUCCAUGUCUUUUCAGUCAUUUAGAGAGAUAUUGAUGGAUCUUUGGAAGAAACCAAUGGAUGACUCAAUUGCAUUAGAUGAGUCAGUUGCCUGGACCCGCCAGAUGCUUGAUCAAACCAAACAACUUGUUGAACUGAAUAGUUCAAAUGAUAUUGGCAUUGUAGUUAAUAAUAUGCCAUUGAAAUGGGUUUCUAAGAAGGGCAGAACAUUUGUUGGUAUACCAGCUUCCCUUCCAGCUCUUCCAUCUAGUUCCAAGAGUAUCACAAAGAAUCUGCAGAAGAACAGAAAACGGAAAAGAUUAUCAAGAUUAAGAUGAUCGUCAAAGUUCUUUAUAUAGGCUAGCAUUUAGCUAACUUCAGACACUGGUGUGGGACCUAUUUGGAAAAUAUUGUCCAUUUCCAUCAUCAUCAUCAUCAACUCCAUUGCUCGAAUCAUUUCAGAAGCCAAGCCAAGCUAUUUUUCAAUAGAACGAGUGCUACUUGCAACCUCCAAAAUGGGAUUUUGAUGGACAAUAUGUCUAUCUUGCUGCACUUGCCACCGUAUUCUUUUCAGAAGAGAAUUCCAACAUGUGUCAAACAUAUUCAUGUUCAUUCCAACAUUCAUUCCAGGAGAAAUUUGAAGGCCAACAUGUAGAGAAAAGAAGGCAUCUAUGUUAUUUGAGGUUUACUUCAGAAUUUGGAAACUCAAAAGUGUUCUCCCCUUGUUAAGCUCGUCAUUUAUUGAGCUAUAUGUUAUUUUGUAUAUUGUCUUUCCUUUUUUUCCGGUCCUUAAAAGUAAAUAUUUUUCAGGGAAAAGAGCAGAUAAGGCAUCUUGCCAAUGGAUGGAUGACCGAGUAGUUUUUAUUGAUAGACGAUUAGAAAAAAAUGUAUAGACUGUUGACAUUUGAAUUUGAGCUGCAUAAGAAGAUAAUAUCACAAGAUAAUUAUUUGGUGAAAGAUAUUGUAGUUGUACCUCUAUUAAACAUAAUAAAAUUCUAGAUCAUUCUAUACUAAGGAUCAUACAAUACAAUAUCAUUGGUUUUUUUGCAAGCCAUUGAUUUUCCUUGCAACUAGAUCAUGAUGGAAUUCGUUGUUGUUAUAGGUAAAUGAAAUGACUUUAAAACCAUGUUUUUGGGUUGAAUUACAGCGACUGAUUAAAUUUGAGCUAUAAUUAUAGUCUUUUGUGAUUGUUUGACCG